UGUGUUUCAUGCCGGGACAGUUAUGCUGUGGCGCCGUCCCUCACUACAAGACUUACCGGCUUGUGUUUUGGAUGUCUGAUAUGAGUGGAUGCAAGAUACUGAGGAUGGAGCCAUCUUGAGGAUCUGACUCCGGAGGGUCUGCACAGCGGAAACAUGCUGUCUGGACUUAUUGCUACUGCCUGCCACUCUCUGAAGUGGACACUGCCUCAAUUGAGAGCAACUCUUUUCAGAACGUAUGACCCUUCAAAGCCAGUGCAUUGGCUACAGGGAACUGUAGUUCAAAGAGGGGCUCAUAGAUGGACUACAGCACCAUCAUCAAGGUUAAACCAGAAGCCAGUGUUUACCAGAGCUCCAGCAUUUGGAGAUAAGCUUGCUAUCAUAGACAGCAGUGGCACCCACAGCUACAAGCAGUUGUAUUGCAGCAGCUUGGGUCUUGCAGGUAGAAUCAAGACAGCUCUCAACUCUAACUUUGGGGAAUUAGGAGGAAAACGAAUCUCUUUCUUGUGUGCUAAUGAUGCUUCCUAUACAGUGGCACAGUGGGCAGCUUGGAUGAGUGGUGGGACGGCGGUGCCACUCUUCCCAAAACAUCCAGAAUCUGAGUUGGAGUACAUAAUCUCUGACUCCCAGAGUUCACUGCUGGUGGCAGGGCAUCCCUAUGCUAAAACCCUCGAGCCGCUGGCUCAAAGGCUGGGGCUGCCAUGCCUGACACUGCCCCCUACUUCUGACCUAAGCACUUUAGAUGAGGCAGACACCCAGAAGAAGGAGACGGGAGACAUCACAGUCUGGGCUGAUCGACCAGCUAUGAUCAUUUACACCAGUGGUACCACAGGAAGACCAAAAGGAGUUCUACAUACACACAGCAGCAUGCAAGCCAUGAUCCAGUGUCUGGUUUCAGAGUGGGGGUGGUCCAGAGACGAUGUCAUCCUCCACGUCUUGCCACUCCACCAUGUGCAUGGCAUCGUUAACAAGCUGCUGUGCCCGCUCUGGGUGGGCGCCACCUGCGUCAUGCUGCCCGAAUUCCAGCCUCAGAAGGUGUGGGAGAUGAUGAUGAGCUCCAAGGCUCCCGUGGUUAAUGUGUUCAUGGCUGUGCCUACUAUCUACUCUAAGCUGAUCCAGUACUAUGAUCAGCACUUCACACAGCCUCAUGUCAAGGACUUUGUGAAAGCGGUCUGCAAAGAGAGGAUCAGGCUGAUGGUAUCGGGCUCAGCUGCUCUCCCUCUGCCCACCCUGCAGCGCUGGGAGGAGAUUACAGGACACACACUGCUGGAACGCUACGGCAUGACAGAGAUCGGCAUGGCACUAUCCAACCCUCUGAAGGGCCCACGCAUCCCAGGGGCUGUCGGGUUGCCACUUCCCAGUGUGGAUGUCCGGAUUGUUAUGAAUAACACUAUCAACACCACAAUUGUGGAGGGAAAUCACCGUGAGACUCAGGUCCUUGCAGGUCUGGAUGGAAAAGAAGGGGAGCUCCUAGUUCGAGGUCCGUCUGUUUUUACAGAGUACUGGAAUAAACCUCAAGAGACCAAAGAGUCUUUCACUGAUGACGGGUGGUUCAAAACAGGAGACACAGCGGCCUAUAGGGAUGGUGUGUAUUGGAUCAUGGGCCGAAGCAGUGUUGACAUCAUCAAAAGCGGCGGCUACAAGAUCAGUGCCCUCGAGGUGGAGCGUCACCUAUUGGCUCAUCCAGGCAUCAUAGAUGUGGCUGUGAUCGGAGCACCAGAUGCCACCUGGGGACAGAGAGUCACCGCAGUGGUGCAGCUGAAGAAAGGGCGGAGUAUGACCCUGUCAGAGCUGAAGACCUGGGCAAGGGAGCACAUGGCGCCCUACACCAUCCCCACAGGCCUGCUGCUGGUGGACGAGAUGCCGAGGAAUCAGAUGGGGAAGGUCAACAAGAAGGACCUCCUGCGACACUUCUUCCCAUGACAGAACCUACAGGUUCCUGGUGAACAACUGUAGAUGUAUGCAACUUGGCUGUCCCCAUCUGCUCCUUAGAUCAGACAAACAGAGGAAAGUCUACAGGGGAAAUCCUAAGUAAUGGAAAACACCUCAUGGAAAAUGACUUAACCUCUGAGGUAACUAAAUCACACCUACAAACACAAAGGUAAUUCUAUUAUAUGGAAAGCCAACUAUGUCAAGCACUGUUCAUCAUUACUGUGCAAGAUGGGUAUGGAAAAGUAAUGUAUUGAGGCAAUGUGAAACUCCACAGAAUGUGUGUCUGAAUUACAACUUAUCAAGAAAUGUCAAAGUUAUCUGAAAUAGCUUUAAAAUAGUGAAUAACCAACACAUAUGUGACAGACGUAUAAAAUCUAAGACGUCAAGUACUGUGACCUACUUUGGUGCGAUUCUUAUUGUAGUUGUGUCCCCGCUCCGCUAUGCAGUAUGUUGCAGUGCUGAUUUAUUUUAAACUAAUGGAAAAAAAAUCAGUGUUCUAUAUAUAUUUAUAAUAAUGCCUUUUACAGGAGAACUACAGGAUGUGCUAUUCAAUAUGCCUUUGUAAGAUCGGGAUAGGUGGUGUGUUCUGAUUUGAUUAAAAAAUUGCACAUGGAAAUGGAUGUUUAACUGUUCCAACAAAAAUACAGCGUACAGCAGUUCCUAUUGGUGAAGUGUGUUUUAGGAACUAUAAUCAGUAUGUUCUGAUGUUUUAUUGUUGAAAAUGUUUUGAUCAGAUAAUUUGAAUGAAUAUCGAGUGGUGUGAUAUCUAGAAUGAAGGAUAAUUACACUCGCACUAAACAGAAUAAAACACAAUGGUGGUAGGACAGAAGACAUGUGAUCAAUGCUAAAACACAACAUCGAUAUUAAGCCCUUUGUGAUGUACCGGUGCACUGGAAUAAGCAGAUACAGUUUAUCUGAAAAUUAAAAAGUUUUAUUAAAUAGUAA